UACAUUCAUGGUCAAAUGUGCAGCAGUAGUUCCGCAAAUGUUUAUUCUAGCAUCGGUUUUUGCUAAUGUCUUUCUUGCAAAUGAGUGUUAAUGAUAGGCAUGAUCUUCAGAUCAUAUCAUCACAAUGCGAAACGUGUGCAUAGUGUUGUUCGCCAUUUUCACCAUUUCGGGACUCGGGGAAAACGAUUAUGGACUGCAUACCGCGCCGACUAUUAAUUACGGCGAUGAAAUAUCCCGCGAUGAAAUAUCCGACAAUGAAAUAGAACUGCCCUACGGCAUUACCUGGAAGGUAAAUUGUACAUUCCGCCGUCCAGUUGUUUGGAAGCACUAUGAUCCCUGGUUCGACUGGGAACCUCAGAAUUACACUAGCACUCCCUUUUACACAGGGGAUACAGAAAAUCCCCACGGGGCCUAUCUCACCAUCAGGAAUGCAUCGGCGACAAUGGUUGGCCGAUACUAUUGUGUACCUUUAGAUAAAAUAGAUGAAAAGUUAGUGACACAUUUGAACGAGAUGGCGUCCGAGGAAAUUGCCUCCAGUAUUUACGUGUUCGUAAAAGACCUGGCACAGCCUCUAGUACCCGUGCCGAACAUAAAUUACGUCCAAAAAGAGGGAGGGUAUAUUCCAUGUAAGGCUUCUUACCGGGAUGUCGAGGUUGAGUUAUACAACAAGUUCGAUCCCUCAGAUCCCUUACCGGGCCGACCCGACCCGACCCAAGGUUUUACUGUUCCCAAAUCACUGUUAUUUUUUGAAGACGGAAUGCUGUGCAAAUGCGACACUGCCAACUAUACGAUACACGUUGUAGUCAAAAACGAUCUUCCCGAGCCCAUCAUCACCAGCGCUACUGAUAAUUUUGUACUGCAAGGAGCACUAAUCAGGCUCAAUUGUAGUAUUACAAUAUUACCCAGCCAAUCUGUAGAAAUAUUUUGGGACAUUUUUCCUCCGGCUACAGGCACGAAUCAAAGGAUGAAAAUAGGAAUGCUGGAAAAAAGACCACAUCCUGAACUGAACAACCGCGUCGUAUUUUCAAGAGAGCUGAUUAUUGAAAACGCAACAGUGCAGGAUGGUAAAAUCUAUCAAUGUGCAGUGGUUGACAAUCAGAACAACACAAAUUAUAACAGCUAUAAGUUGACUGUUCAUGAAAAAUCGGAUAACUACGCGGAACUGACUAGCACGAACAACAGAGCAGUUAUCAAUCGAAAGCGAAACACCAACGGCGAGAUUAAACCAAUUGAUAUUUUGAUUAAAGACCGUUCGUAUCCAUCGAAUAUAAGCUAUCCCUCGGCGAAGGAUGACCCAUUACUAUCAGAUAGCAGUAAGGAUAAGUACCUCAUGGAACAAACUGAAAACUAUGUGAGGUUAACGAUAAACGAUCCGACCGUAAACGAUACGGGUGUAUACACUACUGUGGAAAUUUCCGGUGCUGGGAAUGAGUUUUUCGACGCAACCGUUAUUGUACAUGGAAAACCUUUUGUGUACAUGGAAAGUAAAUAUGCCAACAGUGGAGAUGAAGAGGUUGAAUUCACAUGCUAUGUCGUAGGCUAUCCAUUACCAGAGGUAUGGUUCGGGUAUCAAAGGUGUGAUAAUGUUCCAUGGCAAAACUGUUCUUAUGCAGAAGAGGCCACGAUAGAUGAAAAGGCUGUCAUCAAAAGCUAUGGCAUCAAAACAAAGGGAGUAUAUAAAAAAAUCGCAGAGCAUCCAGGAAUCGUGUAUUGCACGGCAUCUAAUUCUGAGGGAAGUGAAACAACUCAGGCAUAUCUACUGAUGAGAAGCAGGGCCCCGAAAACUCAGCUUGAACGCAUACCUGCCGAUGGUUUGAUCACUGUCGGAGAUAAUGUGACAUUCAUCUGCUCAGUAAUAGAUGUCGACUCCACAAUCAUACCCACAAGCCUAAGAUUCCUGACCAAUGACAAAGAGUUGUCUCAAUCUGAUCGAGUUCAUCAGUCGUUCUUCUAUGAAUCGGAAUUUCUGAAAUCGCAACUGACGCUCAUUAAUGUGAGUUUAGAUAUGUCGGGUCGUAUGAACUGUCGUAUUAAGUCCAAGGAUGCUUACGACACUAGUAAGGCUGUUCAGUUUGAAGUUGUUGCACCGAUCGCUCCACGACUGCUAUCAGGCAAGGAACACGAAAGUAUCGAGAAAAGAGUUUCUGAGAGUCUCACACUUCACUGCCAUGUAACUGGUACACCUCAACCGGAUGUAACAUGGACCAAAGAAGGUGGAUUACAAAACAACAACACGAGCUUACAUGCAAAUGGAUCGCUCUCCAUUCAUAGUUUGACGAAGAUUGACUUUGGAUUUUAUGAAUGUAGAGCCGAAAAUAAGGCAGGUAAUAUUACGCAGGCCUGGAAUGUUAAGCAGGUUAAGGUAGAGAGCACCAAGUCGAUUCCAUGGGAAAUUGGACGCAAUCGUUCAGUGUUGGUGGCGAAUACCACUUACGUGUAG